GGGAAAUAGGUUCGACAACGCUGUUCAAAGAAUUCACAGCAGAUAAGAGUCAGUUUAACACAGAUCAUUGAGUUACACAUCCUGCUCUCUUGGCAUGAACCCACACCUGCACUAUAAUAUUCUAAAGCUGUUCAGGUGUUUGGCCUUCGACAAAUACACAACCUCACAAUCGUUCAGUAAAGCGCCUGAACUCUUUCUCCAUCACUGAUCAGUUCCUUCCUACAUUAAGACCAAGUAUCUUACUUUGUUGUUUAUAUGAACACGAUGUCGACAGAUGAUUGAUGACAGAGGACAGACUUCAGCUAUAAAAGGGAGCGAUGCCCGUCUCUUUCAGCAUCAGACGUCGGCUUCUGACUUAUUUCAGAUUUCUCACCUCUGCUUGCUCCAAGAUGACUCGGGUUUUGUUUGUCGUCCUCCUGCUGUCUGUGACGCCCAUGUUCUUGGUUUGCAAACCGCUGCAGAGUGAGAAUCUCCUCUUGCUCCCAGAUGAGAUGUUGGACGUCUCUGAAAUCAUCACAAAGGCCAACAGAAACAUAUCUAAGUUUCUGAUCCACGGAGACAUUAUGCCGAGCCGGAUGAGGAAUGCUGAUCCCUGCGUUAAGUCCGAAUGCAUGUGGCCCAAAACUGGAGCCUACGUAUACGUACCCAUCGAGAUCUCCAACAACUUCACCAGAGCUGAGGUGCGUGUCAUCAUGAAGGCGCUGAUGGGCUUCGAAAAGUCCACCUGCAUCCGCUUCACUUGGAGAAGUGAUGAAAAAGACUACAUCCAAUUAUUCUCUGGAAAGGGGUGCUGGUCCUCCGUGGGCCGACAGCGUGAGAUGCAGCAGAUCUCCCUGCAGAAGGGCAGCUGUGUGCACGUCAAAACUGUGCAGCACGAGGUCCUGCACGCGCUCGGCUUCCACCACGAGCAAACACGCUCUGACAGAGACACCUACGUCGACAUCCACUGGGAGAAUAUUAAGUCAGAAGAUAAAUCUAAUUUUGAGAAGCUGAAGACCUACAACCUCUACACUCCCUACGACUACAACUCUGUCAUGCAAUACCACAACCUCGCCUUUUCCAUCAACGGGAAACCAACCAUCACGGCCAAGACCAACCCCGACCUCAUCCUCGGCAGCGCAACGGAGAUGAACGACAACGACAUUGCUCGAGUCAACAGGCUUUACUGCUCUAAGAUUUAAACAAAGGAAGAAAAGGGUGGAGCUCUGAAUACGAUGAAGCUCAGCUCAGCACAAACAGCAGCUGCACCACGUGACGUCUGGGCUCCGGCCGCUUCCAGCUCAGACUCUGCUUCUGCCUGGUCUUUGUGUGUAUUUUAUAAUCACUAGAUGAAUUGUGUUACCAUGACUACAGAUCAUGGUUUGAUCUUGCAGGUAUGGCAUCAGUUUGUUGGUCAGAGUUUGUGAAACGCUUCUCUCUUUAAACUAGAUUUCUGUGCAUCACUAAUAAUUAAAUAGGCUUUAAGCAGAA